UGACUCUAGUAGAUUUUGACAAAAGUCUAAAACUCCAAGUAUUCUAUGCCUGUUUGGCAAAGCCUGUCCCUUGCAACACAGCCAAGCUGCACUAUGGACACUGAAAACCCUAAAAGUGACAUCAACACUGGCCUCGAAGUGCUGUGAGGAACUGAGGAAGUUAGUGACCAGGAAUAGAUUGACUAUAUACUGGGUGCUAGGUAUCAUGGGCAGAGAAAGAGCUGACCAGUGUGCCGGAUGCGGAUCCCUAACUGUAUACAUAGGUCCUGUAUACAUGGUGGGGAUACCAAAAUCUUUGGACGCUUUGGUAUUUGCUGGUCGUGAACUAGAAUUGCAGUUCCGGAUGUCAAGGCAGCUCACAGACUUUAUGGCGACACUGCACAAAAAUGGCGUAGAAGAGAAACGGCUGUCCAAGUUCGUCUCGCACACCAUUCUAGACGAUAUAGUCACGUUUAAUAUCAGCUUUCCGGAAGAGGGACAAUACGGGCUGGAUAUUUACACUAGGGAAAUGGCUUCGGUAUUGGAUACGACAGGGGAAAAGCAUCUUCUCACACACUGUUGCAAAUAUUUAAUAAAUUCGUCCAAGAGGAAUUAGCUGUAGGGAGGUAUCGAGGCGGAUUCAAAGCGGGUUGGUUCUGGUGCACAGUUUGUAUAACGAAGAGUUCAUCUGAGGAAAAACGUCUGCGAAAACUAAUGCAGCAACGUUUGGAAUUUCACCAGACUAUAUUAAUUUUGAGGUUAUCUGAAGCAGUACUCAACAUGAUUUUUAUAUCAAAACGAUUUACUGGGAAGAAAAAACAACUGUUCGAGAUAUUAUGGCCGUGAAUUCGUAUCAAAUUAAUUUUUUUUCGGGGGUUAAAAUGUUUGAAUGUUUUCUAGGGAAAAUUGCGUCACCGUUUUCUUGAUUUUAUCAUUCUUAAGUGAUGCAAAAAGUUCACUGAUAUUCAAGAUUAAUAGUUUUUUUUGCCUUCUUUGCUUUCUUUAGAGCCAAAUCUUCCCAUUUAGUCCAUCGUAUGACUGCUCUUUCAUCUCGGGUGUCCAUACAUCGUGCAUGGUAAUAAAUUGGUAUACAAUAUUUUCGGAUUUCGUAUUAUAUUUCCUCUAGUGUUUGGGUCUGGAUUGUAGAUUUACAAGUAAGUGAUUUUUCAAGAGGUAUAGGAUUUGAUUUUCAAAAAAACACAAGAAAUUUAAAAAAAUUGAUGAAAUCUUUAUUACAAUCGAUG